AUGCUGCCCGGGGCCCGUGCGCUGCGGGCGGCGGGGCUGCUCCGCCCGCCCGGGGCCGUUCCCCGUACCGGGGCCGCCCUCUGGGCGCGCCGCGGGCCGGGACAGCGGCCGGUGUGGCGCGGCUUCGCGCUGCCUGCGGGGCCCGACCUGCGGCACUUCCUGAGGGCAGCUGCCGCGGGGCAGCCGGGGCCGCCGCCAGAGCUGCCGCCUGAGCCGGGCUCUACCCCCGGGGCCCCGAAAGUGUACCUGGAGACCUACGGCUGCCAGAUGAACGUCAGUGACACCGAGAUCGUCUGGGCCAUCCUGCAGAAGAAUGGCUAUGCCAGGACAAAGGAGCUGGAGGAGGCAGAUGUGGUUCUUCUUGUCACCUGUUCCGUGAGGGAGAAGGCGGAGCAGGCCGUCUGGAGCCGGCUGCGGCACCUCCGGGCGCUGAAGGCGCGGCGGCCCCGGGCUCGCGCUGUGCUCCGCGUCGGGAUCCUGGGAUGCAUGGCGGAGAGGCUUAAGGAGGAGAUUCUGCACAGGGAGAAGCUGGUCGAUGUCGUGGCAGGCCCUGAUGCCUACCGUGACCUUCCCCGGCUGCUGGCAGUGGCAGAGUCUGGCCAGCAAGCUGCCAAUGUCCUGCUGUCCCUAGAUGAGACCUAUGCUGACAUUCUGCCUGUCCAGACUAGUGCAGGUGGCACGACAGCAUUUGUGUCCAUCAUGCGGGGCUGUGACAACAUGUGCAGUUACUGCAUCGUGCCCUUCACCCGAGGCCGGGAAAGGAGCCGCCCCAUCGCCUCCAUCCUGCAGGAAGUGAGGAUGCUCUCGGAUCAGGGAGUGAAAGAAGUGACCCUUUUGGGUCAGAAUGUCAACAGCUUUCGAGACCUGUCUGAGGUGCAGUUUCAGUCAGUGGCUGCCCCGGGCCUCAGCCGUGGCUUUAGGACAGUCUACAAAGCCAGGCAGGGAGGUUUGCGCUUCUCGCACCUGCUGGACCAGGUCUCCAGGAUUGAUCCAGAAAUGAGGAUCCGUUUCACCUCUCCACACCCCAAGGAUUUUCCCGAUGAGGUCCUGCAGCUCAUCCAGGAGCGACACAACAUCUGCAAACACCUGCACCUCCCAGCCCAGAGUGGGAGCACACGAGUCCUGGAGGCCAUGCGGCGAGGAUACACAAGAGAAGCAUAUUUAGAACUUGUGCACCAUGUGCGUGACUCUAUUCCAGGAGUGAGCUUGAGCAGUGAUUUCAUUGCUGGGUUCUGUGGAGAGACAGAGGAGGAUCACCUGCAGACGGUGUCCUUGCUGCGGGAAGUCCGCUACAACAUCGGCUUCCUGUUUGCCUACAGCAUGAGACAGAAGACGCGGGCGCAUCACCGGCUGCAGGACGAUGUCCCCGCGGAGGAGAAGAAGCGGCGGCUGGAGCAGCUCAUUGCCACCUUCCGGGAGGAGGCUGCAAGGGCCAACGCAGAGCUGGUGGGACAGGCCCAGCUGGUGCUGGUGGAAGGGCCCAGCAAACGCUCUGCCUCGGAGCUGUGUGGGAGGAAUGACGGCAACAUCAAGGUGAUCUUCCCCGACACCGAGCUGGAGGACGCUGCCGAGCACAGGGCUCCAGGCAGAGCCCAGCCCGGGGACUAUGUGAUGGUGAAGGUAACCUCUGGCAGCUCGCAGACCUUGCGGGGAGUUCCGCUCUGCCGGACCACCCUGUCCCGUGCUGCUGCUUCUCACUGAGAGAUCCCUGCUGCCCUGGAUGGAAGCAGCACAUAUUCUCCAUGAAGAAACAAGGAAGUGUGGUCAGGUGGAGAUAUGGUAGAACCAGGGAGAUACAUGUGUAUAUUAAAAUUUAUGUAUAAAAUAAUAAAAUACACAUAUAUUUCUGCUUUGAUGCUAAGUUACCCCUCAUAGAUGUGUGCAGGUUCAAGGGGGUAGAAGCUGUGUGUGAACUUGCAAAAUCCAAUUACUCUGAGACUGUGUAUUUUGACUUGCCCUGAGGGUUGUCCCACCCUCACAGUGCUGCAGAUCUGUCCUCUCACUGUGAUCACAUCCUCUGGCAGAGCCCAGGCUGAGAUGGAUGUGCAGAGCAGUUCCUUCCUACAGGCUCAGCUGAAUUUAGGAGCUGCAAAAGCUGGUAGUACCUACAACACACAGCCCCAGUAGCUGCUGGAGAAUGGCAGGAGUACUGUCAAAGGAUAGAAAGAACUGAAAUAACAGAAGAUUGAUUAAUUCUUUCAAAAUAUUGGCAAAAUGCUUAGAAAGGGGAUGCAAGAACCUACACCACACUUGUGUGUUGGAAUGUGGCACUGGACUGUGGAAUGAAAAAUGGUGUUCAAUGUGCACCAGUGAAUCUGUUCUGUCUGGGACUGAAGGAAUGCAGCCUUACCCUGUUACUGGAGCGGAUUGGAUCUUGUCUGGAGAAGAUUUCCUUGUUUCCAGGCCUGGGGAAUGCAUGGGAAGAGAUGGCUGCUAGUCGAGGGUCAUCUCUGACCUCUUAAAACCUGGGGUGCAGUUUUUUAAUCCAAACAUCUAUGGAUGUCCUUCCCUUUGCUUACCAAGAGAAGAGGUUGUAUUGAUUUAAAUGGCCAGUAAGUUCUUCAAGUGCAUCUGACAGUUCCUUGUUUUCAUCAGCCUGCAGCUGACCCUGGCUGCGCAGUGUCACAUUCCAGCCUGCUCUGUGAAAUUCAAACAAGGACCUGUGACCUGCACUUGUGAGUAAACUGAGAUGUGAGAAAGGAUCGCCCCUUUUCAUACAGAUAAUAAUGUCAUUAAAAUAAAUCCUUGCAAAAGGCUCUAGCCAGUGACCAGUUUUGAAGGAACAGCUGGUAGCAGGGCAGUCACGACAUGAAUUUGCAGAAUUUUAAAAUAAACAUGAAAGGGUUUUGCUCGAAAGCCACCUCUCCUGCUCAGCUCUUUCUGGGCUAUAAUUGUUUCUCUUUGAAAACAGCAUGGUUCACUGAAUAUUCAUUAGGCUUCAAGAAACAAAUACAUUUUGCUUAUUAUCUCA